CUCGUGUAUAAAAUACCAUACCAACGCGAACGCCGUACUUUUUUGACUGAGUUAUGUUGGUUUGGUUGUUUAUUGUCACAUUUUCAUUACUUGCUGCUCCAAAUUAUUCCUAUUCGGUUAAUUUUAUAUUACCAAACAACUGUUAUUCUGGUUCUGCAAGUUCAAACGCAGAAUACUUCAACACUGCCAACCUUAUUUGUGAAAAAUGUUCUCAGAAUCUUACCUAUCAAAGACAGUCACAAGAUGGUAUAAGUCAAUUGAUUCUAAAAAAUUUUGGUGGCAAUAAUGUGGAGUGCGUAAAAUGUGGUGACGGAGAAACGGUCAGUGAUGAUGGGCUUUAUUGUAUACCAUGUGAAAGUGGGUCAUAUAUAUCAGCUACAAAAAGCUGCAGAUCCUGUUCUUCAACUUCUAUUUCAGUUUAUCUUGACCAGUCAGGGAAAUUACUAAACAGUCAAAAAUGUCUUCAGUGUUCAGGUAACACAAUACCUUCAGGCUCAAGAUGUGUUACUUGUCAGACUACAAUCCAGAUGUUGCGUGGAUCAUCCUUGUCUGAUUCAUGCACAUGUCCAAAUUCUCCAGUUGAUGGUGUUUGCUUUCCAGGUAUAACACCGACAACAACAACUGACACCUCGAAAUCAGCUUCCAGUACAAGUCCUGUUGUGCCUAAAGGAUCUGAUACUUUUACACUGAUACUACCAGCUGGUGAGACAAGUUCACAGAAAGGAAUAUCUUCAAGUUAUUUUGAGAAACAAGCACGUUCUGCAACAGCUUUCUGUUCA